AUGGCGGAAAAGUCCAGCUCAAAAGUCAGUAAGCCUCGCAAGCUCAAGAAAAACGGACAGCGGGCGCUCAAGGCGUGCGAUAGCUGCCGGCGCAUGAAGACGCGGUGCAUCCCGUCGCCGCUUCCAGAAGAAGUUCAAUGUCUCCGCUGCGACACGUUCAACCUCCGGUGCUCGUUCCAAGACCUUCUGAGCGACGACGAGGGUGCGGAAACGCUGGCACUGCUUAAAGAGCAGAAGUCUAGCUCUGGCACGGGCUCGGCGACUUACGAGUCUGCGGAGCUGACAAAGCGACUGUUGAAAAGCGGGUAUUCGCCUGAGGACUUUGCAGUGCACGCGAAACUCCUCCAGAACGUCAACAAGAAUGUCACCAAGAUCCUGGAGCUCCUCGCAAACCAGGCGCCGCCGGCGGCACCUGAAAGCUCUAGCCACCCCGCCGCUCCCGGCAAUCCAAGCAGCCGCGCGGUGUCCGCGCUUACUGAAGCGGUGCAGAUGAUGACAUCUUCCAGCGGUCAUACUCUGGUGCCAUCGGGUCUCGUGGGCCCUGAAUCGCGGGAGGUUUCGCCGGAACUCGACGACAUCUCUGCCAAGAGAACCGAGCAGCGUCACCUCACCCCCUAUCUCACCUGUCCGUUCACCAUGGUAUCGCAGAUGGUCUCGCGGGAAAACCUGCCGCUCCCAAUAUGCAAGAUCCAGGACCAUGAGAUGCUACCGCAGGGUCUGGUUGACGAUGUGGUCGGCCUAAACCUCCUGACGCUUGAGGAGGUCGUCCUGCUCACGCAGGACUUCCGGGACGGUUACGGAAAAUGGUGUUCGUUCCCGGAGUCCAUGUCGACCGAGAAACUGGUUGAAGUUCUCAGAUCGCGUAACGCGUCGCUCUUACUGAGCGCUAUCUGCGUGUUGGCUCUGCGGUACACGCUGAGUUACCACGACCUCAAGACUCGCAUCUACAAAAACUUGUUAUACAAGCUUAAAUCGGACCUGGAGCUCAGUCUCAGACACAACCCACAUGGUAUUGAAUUCAUACAGGCCCUCGUCGUCUUGUCCAUGUAUGCUUCCUCGUAUAGCAGUGAUAUCAUGUCAGUGGACGCGUGGUAUCUCUCCGGCAUUGGACUCCAGCAAUUCCUGACACUAAACAUCCCGGACGCGCUGUUCAACAGGGAAAACGACUACGCCGAGCCCACCGACUUCUUCUCUCUGGGGUUGUCAAGCCCCCUAGAUUCUGCUCCUUCCCACCUGUUGUCGCCGGAAUCGCAGUUCCAGAAGCUACAAACGUCUCGGUUAUGGAAUCAUCUCUGUCUGGCUCAUAUAACAAACUGCGUGUUUUCUGGAAGAAUGUGCAUAGUUGACGGUGUCAGGAUUGAUUUGUGCCGCCGUAUUCUAGAUUUUCCAAACUCCACCAACUUCGAUGGCAGAAUGGUGGCAGAAAUAUCAAUGCAGCUUAUCCUCUACAACUUUGUUCAGCAUUGCAAUGUUCAUCCGCCCAAAAGUCCGAAUUCCACCACGGCCUUCGACAAGGUUCAUGAAGAGUUGCAGGUGUGGAUCGAAGAAUGGAGAUACUUGUUCUCCCAGCCAAUACACCCAAACACGCAAUACGCAGAAUUCGCCUACAACUACAGCAGAACUAUCGUGCUUUACACAUGGUAUCAUAGGUGCUAUCGAGCACGAAAAAUGCAUCUCGCCAAGCGCGCUCGAGUAAAUCCUUCGAGGCCCACUGAUCUUAACAUAAUGAACAAGACCUCGAUUGGAAAUUAUCUGAGUCAAGAAUACCCGGUAGAAGAUGUCAUAAACUCAAUCCCUAAGGAUAAGCGCUUGGACAUGCUGAAACAUGCCCAUCGUUCUCUGGAAACAAUGAUUAACGAUAACCCGGAAAACUUUCGUUAUCUGUCUGACCAGCUUUUCUUCCAGUGCGUGCAUUGCUCUCUAGUAUGCUUAAUUAUCGCACACAGUCUUUACCACUUCAGUGACGGGCUCCUGGGGGAAGACCAUCUCGAACAAAUCUUGAGCGACGUCAAGAAAUAUAGUUUACGCCUCCAGAAAAUCAGAGAAGGCGAGCUCAAGAGCUUUUGGGUGGAAGAAGUUGAUCUCAAAAUUCCUAGUGUUAUUUUGCAGUAUCACAGGGCAAUCGAAACGUGCCUCCAGGACAAAUUUCCGGAAUACGAAAUACAUGUGGAUGAUGGUUAUCCGUAG